GUCCCCUCGAUUCCAUUAUUAUUGACUUCUGUCGACAAUACCAGGUAACCCUAGGCCAGGUCCAUCCUUCUUUGUGGCAGAUCGUUAUCCUGAUCUGAUAUUUUGUGAGCAAAAUCGAGGGGAUGCCGUUCACCCUCGACCAUCUUAUCUGAUUGUACCGUCCUCGACUUUUUCGAGGAGGGUUAAUAACACUUCAGCGUCGGGCUACCAAGGCUCUGCUCUCGAGUAUUGACGAGGACAGGAACUAGGGUUGGAUGGGCAUGUUCGUUCGAGUAAGGGCUUCGAACCUGAUUCUGACUUAAAAGAUGCUCUUUACCGAGGAGUGGAAUAUGAAACGUAAGUGUGAUCUUGCUGUUACUUCUGCUUUGUUCUUUCAUUUACUCUCUCAUCGACACUCCUUUUUUGUGAUGUAGCGGUUCCCUGGAUGCCCGGAGCAGUUCCCGAUCUCAAGAAUUGGGUACAAGCCUUUGUUUCGACCUCCACAUACGCCGAGCGCUCAUGGCGUGAUUUGUCAAAGGGUCGGUGGGAGGCCAAAAAUCACGGUAAGAUCAUUUCUCGGACUCUUUGAUGAUCCGAACGAGGUGGUUUUCAAAAUAUUUUAUUAAGGUUUUCCAUAUGCAGGUUUGGGUAAGGAUGCGGUUUUGAGGCCCUUGUCCAAUGAGGAGGAAAUUUCGGCCUCUGUCCCAAAGCCGGCGAAGGAAAAUAAAAGGAAAAGAGCCUCGGUUCCCGAAGAUCCAAAACCGAAGAAGAGGAUGGCUUGUAAGCCGAAUAAGAAUGUCAUUCCUUUGACCGUGGAAUCUGUUCUGCGUCUAAGGGAUGAAGAUGAUGAAGAAGAAGAAGAGAACGAUGAGUCCGCGCUGGCGGUCCGAAUGAAGAGAACCACCGAUGCCUCAUCGCCGGUUGGAUCGAUGAUGCUCCAUGAGGCUACGCCUCGAACUGAAGAUAUACCGGAGAAAGAUUCGGGUAGAGUCCCCGAACUAUCGGAUAUCGAAGACGCAUCUCAUCGGAGUCGACCGGCAGGGGGUAUGACCGAAGAGGCCCUCGAACCCCUUCGAACCGAGGAGAACGCUCCAGGUGAUUCAUUUGGGGCAGCAGCAGUUGAGGAUUCGCCUAACUUUCCCGCUUUUUCCACAGGGGUGAUCCGGGAAGCUCAAGCUCUGGGAGCCCUCGAUCUAAACAGGCCUCAUAAUGAAGAAGAUCCCUUUCGUGACCUGUUUAUCAGCAUUGAGGAUGUUGCCGGUGCUGGUGAUGAAUCAGAUCUUUUUCACGGAUUGCGGCAGGCUUUGAAUCAGGCAGCGGCAGUUCAUCGAGAACAAUGUUCUCGAUCCCAGAAUGAGUUGCAUCGAUACGAGGCCAACCUACAACGGGCUACUGACGAGAGGAACUCCCUUAGACUUUCCAUAGGGCAGAGAGAAGAGGAAAUAAAAGACCUCCGAGCUAAGCUGGCCAAGGCUUGUCGAGAUCAGACCGAUUUGUCUGAGCAGGUAAUGAUGCUUUUGAAAGCCUAUGGGCUUGAUACCAGAACGAUAGCUAACAUUUCGGUCUCACAGCUGCAGCAAAAAAUCGAGAUGAUCGGGAAGCUUCGUGAGGAGGUCGACGUGAUAAGAACGGAGUCUUUGCGGUGGAAAGAAGAUAUGGACCGCUUUGCUACAAAAAAAGAGACUGCUCGAGCCCAGUUAUCAACGUCCGAAACCCAACUUUAGAAAAUGAAGUAAAAAGGCCUGGUUCAAGCAAGAAGAAUUGAGGAGCUUGAAGCUCGGUUGGCCUCUGUACUUGCCAAGGCCGAAUCCGAUGC